CCACCAACCACUGUAAGGAUCUUCGACCGAAAUGAAUACUACAGUGUUCACGGCGUGGACGCGACAACAGCAGCAAAAGAAGUUUUUACUUCAAUAUCCAAUAUAAAGAGAAUGGGUAUAGAACCCAAUCGGCUGGAUUACUUAGUAUUGUCAAAGGGAAACUUCGAAAUACUUAUUAAGAAGUUGUUAUUGGUAAGGCGUUACAGAGUAGAAAUAUAUGUAGCAGAAGGAUCAGUGAAGAGUGGUGACUGGGUCCUCAAAUAUAAAGGUUCUCCUGGUUGCCUCUCGCAAUUAGAGGAAGUGCUCGGUGAAGGUCUGGGAAUUUCAGAAGAAAAUUCGGCACGUCUAAUGGCUGUAAAUAUUAAAGUGGACCCAGUAUCCAAGGGUCGUUUGUUAGGAGUGGCGUGUAUAUCCGCUGGUGACUAUGAAAUGUCAGUGGCUGAGUUUACUGAUGAUGAUUUACUUACUGAAUUAGAAACUAUCACAGUGCAAAUGGCACCCUCGGAAUGUCUUGUGCCACAAAGUGAACACGAUGACUACAAGGCAUUAAAAAAAAUAAUGGUCCGAGCAAAUGUAACUGUAACAAAGGUGAAGAAGAGUGAAUUCUCCGUAGAAGGCCUUACUCAGGAUCUCAACCGUUUACUUAAAUUUAAAGAAAGUCAGCAGCAGGAUGCCAAUGUGUUCUCUGAAACCAAAAAGCAAACAGCCAUGACUUCAUUAGCAGCCACCAUCAAAUACACAGGUUUAUUGACAGACAGCACAAACUUUGGAAGGUUUCACAUGCGUACUAUCCAAGCGGAUUGUUUCCUACACCUGGACACUGCGGCGCUCAGUGCCCUUAAUGUGUUCCCUGAGCCCGGCGACACAGGGAAUGCGCCCUCGCGCAGUCUCUACGGCCUCUUGGACCGUUGCCGCACACAGCACGGAAAGAGACUUUUAGCCCAAUGGCUACGCCAGCCCCUGAGAGAUAUAAAUCUGAUUAACGAAAGACUAGAUGUUGUGGAACUUCUAAUGAAUAGCUCUCAGAUUCGACUGCAGUUGUAUGACGAUCACUUGCGGAGGAUACCCGAUUUACAAGCGCUAGCCCGUCGGCUGACAAGAAAGAAGGCAAAUUUGCACGACUGCUAUAAGAUAUAUCAGGCCAUAAAUAGGCUGCCGUCGUUGCUUCAAUGUUUAUCUGAAACAAACAAUGCGACAGUGCACUCAUCCCUAUCUGAACCAAUAUCGGAACUUAAUGAAGAUCUUAAUAAAUACCAGCAAAUGAUUGAAGCAACUAUUGACAUGGAAGCCGUGGAUAGAGGCGACUUUCUUGUAAAACCAUCAUUUGAUGAACAACUUCAAACGUUGAGUGAACAGCUAGAUCAGUUGCAGUCAUCAGCUGACAAAGAAUUAAACAAGACUGCUAAGGAUUUAGAUCUUAUAGCCGGCAAGUCUAUCAAAUUAGAGAUUACACCACAAAAUGGAUUUUGCUUUCGAGUCACAUUAAAAGAAGAACAGAAUCUUCGCGGUAAUAAAAAAUACACAAUAGUAGACGCCAUAAAAGGAGGUGUAAGAUUUAAGUCUCAUGCCUUAAGCAGUAUAUCGGAAGAGUAUAGUCAAGCAAAAUCUAUCUAUGAGAAAGAACAGGAUAAGGUUGUUUCAGAAAUAGUAGCUAUUGCUGCUGGUUACUCAGAAUGUUUGUUCUGUCUAUCCCAUAUCCUGUCUCGGCUUGAUGUACUGGUUGCAUACUCUAUAGCUGCAUCGACGGCACCCUUUCCAUACUGUCGGCCGAUCAUCACCGAAAGUAUUGACGAACUGGAACUAAGGGAUGUCAGACAUCCCUGUCUAGAGGUCCAAGAAGGAGUAUCUUAUAUACCCAACGAUGUCGUCUUUAAACGUGGCACAAACAUAAUGCACAUAGUGACGGGCGCGAACAUGGGCGGCAAGUCGAGUUGGAUGCGGGCGUGCGGGGCGAGCGCGUUGCUGGCGGCGGCCGGGUGCGCGGUGCCGGGCCGGGCGGCGCGCCUGCCGCGCCUGCGGGCGCUCGCGGCCCGCGCCGGCGCCGCCGACAGCGAGGGCCGCGGACACAGCACCUUCAUGCUCGAGAUGCUCGAGUGCGCCGCCAUCCUUCGGACUGCUACACCGGAUUCCCUAGUGCUUAUUGACGAAUUGGGACGGGGCACGUCGACUUAUGAAGGCUGUGGUAUUGCUUGGGCUAUAGCUGAGGAAUUGGCAACGAAAUGCCAAUGUUUCUGUCUAUUCGCAACCCACUACCACGAGCUGACUCGACUGCCGAAUCUUCACCCUGGCGUUAUCGUUAACUCCCACGCAGAAGCGUCCGUGGUUAACCAACAGUUGGUGUUGCUACACAAGAUAUCGCCCGGGCCGGCUACACAUUCUCUGGGUCUUCAUGUCGCUAAACUUGCUGGUCUCCCAGAUUCUGUGGUUAAGUAUGCCGAAACCAAGCAAGCACAAUUGGACACUAACCUGUAUGAUAUAGAGACGGCACUAAAAUCACAAGAAACAUCAGAAGGUCAGCAGAUUAUUACGAACUUUUUGCUGAAUUGUAAACAAAUACAAGACUCCACUGCGUCAGAUGAAGAGGUGAUGAAAAAAAUAAACAAACUGAAACGAGAAUUGCUGCAACAAAAUAAUGAUUAUGUUCGGGCAGUGAUGGCAUAAUGUUGUUUUUUAUUUUGUAAUAAAAUUCUUAUUUUA